GAUGAAUACGUUGGCUUCAUCCGCCUUCUGGUCUAGUCUUCAAUUCUGCAAGCCCGAUCCUCACAUAUUCCUCCGAGUCAACUCGGAAUCGCAUUACAUUCCCGACUUUCAACUCCUCUCUCUCUCUCUCUCUCUCUCUCUCUCUCUCUCAUCGUCUUCUACGCAAUCAAUCCUUCUCAAAAUCUCUCCGUCGACACAUUUUCAGCGAACUGUCAAUCCUCUCUCCAACCAUGUCGACCGCACCCUCUUCAUCAACCGCAGUUCCUUCUUCCACCGCCACCGACGCCGAAACUCUCCGGCGAAAUCGAAUUCUGUCGAGCAAGCUCUACUUCGACGUGCCUCUCUCUAAGGUUCCGCUUAUCUACUCCCCAUCCUACGAUAUCGCGUUCCUCGGCAUUGAAAAGCUGCACCCAUUUGAUUCUUCUAAGUGGGGUCGCAUCUGCCGGUUCCUGAUCGCAGGUGGUGUUCUGGACAACAAAUGCAUAGUUGAGCCUCGAGAAGCUACAAAAGACGAUCUUCUAGUGGUGCACUCAGAGUCAUACUUGAAUAGCCUAAAAAGAAGUUCGACAGUCUCCAUCAUAAUUGAGGUCCCUCCGGUAGCUCUGUUGCCAAAUUUUCUUGUGCAGCAGAAAGUUCUUCACCCCUUCCGCAAGCAGGUUGGAGGAAGCAUCUUGGCAGCAAAGCUUGCAAAAGAGAGAGGUUGGGCUAUCAAUGUUGGUGGUGGGUUCCAUCACUGUUCUGGAGAUAAGGGAGGGGGGUUCUGUGUUUAUGCAGACAUAUCUCUCUGUAUCCACUAUGCAUUUGUCCAGUUACAUAUUUCGAGGGUGAUGAUAAUUGAUCUUGAUGCUCAUCAAGGAAAUGGCCAUGAAAAAGAUUUUUCUGAUGACAGAAGAGUUUAUAUUCUGGAUAUGUACAAUCCUGAAAUUUAUCCAUUUGAUUAUGAGGCAAGGAGAUACAUUAGUCAGAAGGUUGAAGUAGCGAGUGGCACUGCAACGGAUGAAUACUUGGCAAAAUUAGAUGAAGCACUAAAGGUUGCGGGGCGUAUGUUUGAUCCUGAGCUGGUGUUGUACAAUGCUGGCACAGAUAUUCUAGAUGGAGACCCAUUGGGCAGGUUGAAGAUAAGUCCUGAUGGGAUAACAAGGAGAGACGAGAAGGUUUUCAGAUUUUCCCGUGAGAGGAACAUACCUCUUGUCAUGCUCACUUCAGGUGGUUAUAUGAAAUCCAGCGCUAGAGUAAUAGCAGACUCCAUCGAAAAUCUUUCAAAGAAAGGCCUGAUAGAUGUGGUGGGUUCUUCAGGAAAAGUUUAACGGAGCUUGAUGUUAUAUUGAGGAGAUCAAGGUCUUCGGGUCAGGUUUCAAAUCGGUUUGUCUCAGAUGAUGUUAUGUUAGUUGAUCACUAUAUAAGUAUAUAGAAUGUUUAUAGCAGUGUGCAGCGAAAUGUAAAAGCAAAUGAAGUAUGUACAUAAUACCAAUGUGUGAACAAGUCGAUAGUAUAUAUAGUUGCCGGAAACCUAGGGGUGUCGGCUGAAUGAGGGAAUGACCAUCACCUUUCCAAUUUUCCUCUUUUCCCCUGGCUGUAAACAAUUGUAUAAGUAAAACUAGUUGCAGGUUUUGCAUAAAUCAUGUCUCAAUAAAAUGUUUUUGUUUCUUAUA